UCUCCUCUUUCUCUCUCUUAUUUCUCUCUCUAACCCUUCAAUUUAUCUCUGCAACCCUUGUUCUCAAAUUCCAAAUUAUUCAAACCCUUUGGGCCUUCUUCUCUCUCUCUCUCUCUCUUCUUUGAAGCUUUGAAGCUUUGAAGAGGUUUUCCCAUGCUGGCUGAUCUCUCCUCCCCUUCCCUUCCUUGCUUUGAGCCUUUGCCUAAUUGCUUUGAAAGCAAUGGAACCAAUACCAAAAGAAAAAGAAGGCCUGCUGGGACUCCAGACCCAGAUGCCGAAGUUGUUUCUCUUUCUCCCAAAACCCUAUUGGAAUCAGAUCGUUAUGUUUGUGAGAUCUGUAAUCAAGGGUUUCAAAGAGAUCAAAAUCUACAAAUGCAUCGACGUCGACAUAAGGUGCCGUGGAAGCUUUUGAAGAGAACUGAGCCGACGACCGCGGUUAGAAAACGAGUCUUUGUUUGCCCCGAACCGAGCUGUUUACACCAUAACCCUACGCAUGCUUUGGGGGAUUUGGUGGGAAUAAAGAAACACUUUAGAAGAAAACAUAGUAACCAUAAGCAAUGGGUUUGUGAGAAAUGUUCUAAAGGGUAUGCUGUUCAAUCCGAUUAUAAAGCUCAUCUCAAAACAUGUGGAACUCGAGGCCAUUCCUGCGAUUGUGGUCGGGUUUUCUCAAGGGUGGAGAGCUUCAUAGAACAUCAAGAUAGCUGCAAAUUGGGUCAUCAUCAUCAACAAUCAGAACAAAAGCUUCCAUGUUUAUCAAGAACAGCUUCGAGUCCAACUCCAAGCCCUUCUUCAGAUACAAAUUUCAGCUUCUUCAACAAAAACCAUACAAUAAUUCCCCAAAGGAUCAUUACCCACCAUCCACAAAACUUGGAACUUCAACUCUCCAACAAUUCAACUUCUAUUCACGUAUCCGUUUCGCCGAAACGACGCGAAAAUUACUCGACCCAUUUGCAGCUUUCCAUUGGUUCGUGCAAUUACGAUGAGAAAAACGACGACGGCGACGACGAUCAUGACGAGAAAACAAGAAAUGGGUUGGAAUUUUUGAAGGUCAAAGAGGAAGCUAAAGAGCAAAUGAGAGUAGCAAUGGAAGAGAAAGCUAUAGCUGAAGAAGCAAGAAAUGAAGCAAAGAAGCAAAUUGAAAUAGCUGAAAAGGAGUUAGCUAAUGCGAAGAGAAUGAGACAAGAAGCACAAGGUGAGCUACAAAGAGCUCUUGCUUUGAAAGAACAUGCCAUGAAGCAAAUCAACUCCACCAUUCUUCAAAUCACUUGUCAAGUUUGUAGGCAACAUUUUGAGCCAUUCCCAACCAUUUGAAUGUGUAUUAUUGUUGUUUAAAACGAAGAAAAAA